CAAUUUACUGGAUUUUGAUUGGUCUGACCGGUGUCGGCCAUGUUUUAUGGCGUUGUGACGGAACUUCGUAGAAUUCAGCGCUGCACGUUUCGCGGUCUUUUUCCAGAUUUUUUCGCAAAGUUUGUCGGCAAAACCGAGUGGAUUUACGUCGUGCGCCGCUGUCCCGACGGCGAUUCCGUCUUCAGGAGCAGCCGGCGUGCCUCCGGUCUUGAAAUUUGAAAAUGCCAGGAUUAGGGCAGUUCCAGUUCAUGCCCAAGCAAUCAGUUUUUCGGUCCAGUGAAAACCAGACGAGGGUCAAACCUCUUUUGGAGUCAAACGUUCCCAGCGCUAACAAAGUAGGGAGACAUGUGUUGGGAAAUCCAUCACCUAUCAUGAAAAGGGAACCAAACUUUUCUUCCAGAGGCCAGCAAAUGAUAUCCGCUCUAAGUGAAAGCAAAAAGAAGAUCACAAUUUCUACAAGGGAAGAUUUUUACGAUCCAGUAGGAAAGCCUCUUGAGAAAAUUUCCACUGAUAGGCCAUUUGCCCAUCUUCCUGCAAUCUCAGUGACUGUUGUUUCUCCACCCAAGAGAAAUCAAUCUUCAUGUGGGAGGCAGUUAGAGUUCGAACGUCCACAAGCACAGAAGGUCAGCAAAAGCUUCUUUAGUGACGAUGAGGAGAUGCCUCUAGCCAAGAAGUUUAAGGGAGAUGAUCAAAAACAACACAUGACUGAACCGCAUCUGAUAGGUUUCAGAAACCAAGGUGCUACAUGUUAUAUGAACAGUGUUCUACAAGUGCUCACUGGACUUGAGCAAUUCUAUGCUGACGUUCUUGAAGAACUCCCCAUGAUGAGCUCCCAGCUUUGUCCCCUGCAGUCUCUCUUCAGAGCACGAGAUGCUGGCAACGUAGACCUCGUAUACCUGUGCUUGAAGGAGCUGCACUCUCGAUUUGCCUAUGAAGUGAACAAGUCAUUUCAAAACAAUUUUGAGCAGCAGGACCUGGACGAGUUCAUGACUUUUUAUCUAGAAAAAAUUGACUCCCAAAUUCUGCAGAAGCGCAAGGAGCUUGAGUAUGCAAAUCCUAGUCCAACCCUUGUGGAGAAGAAUUUUACCUUGAAAGAAGUUGAGAGAAGGGUAUGCAGCAAAUGCCAGAAUGAAGUGUCCAGCAAACAGUGCAACAAUUUAUUCAGAGUGUCUUUGACACAGGACCACGUUAAUGCAUCACAUACAAACAAGAUGUCUGUUCAGGAUUUGGUUGAAUCCACAUUGAAUGGACCGUGGGAUGAAUGUUGUAGCUGCAGGGAAAACAACUCUGUGAGAACUUUAAAAAAGUUAACCAGCCUUCCAAGAACUCUUCUGGUCAUUUUGAUGAGAUACAACAACCAAGGACAAAAAUUGGAAACGCCAGUGACAAUCAGUCCGUACCUCAAUCUGGAAAAUUACAUAUCUGCGGAUUGCUCAGCACCUAUACAAUCAUUUGUUUGCAAAAAAAGCAGCCUGCAAGAAUUUGAAAGUGUUGCUGUUCAAACUGACCCGGAGAUGAUCGAAAUAGAGAACCCUGACACUCCUGAAACUGACAACGAAGACUCUGCUCUGAAAGAGGCCCUGAGUGCAAGCUUGAGAGAGCAACAGCCUUUGGAUGAAGAAGAGGAGAUAAAGAGAGCUAUGGCUGAGAGUUUAGCAGAGUCUGAUCCAUUCAAACGGAAGCCUUGCUCUAAUGUAGUCUACAAGCUGAAAGCAGUUGUCAGUCACUAUGGCGACACUCCUCAUUCAGGACACUACAAGUGUGAUGUGUUCCGGAGUGAAAAAUCCAAAUGGUACAACUACAAUGACAUUUGUGUAGAAGACAAAACCACUAUUGAAGUGCUGCAGGGUGGUGAAGAAAACUGCUACCUUCUUGUCUACGAUUUUGAUGGUGACAGUAAUGCUAUCAACAAUCGGUCAAUCAAAUGCGAGAAAUCCGAUGAUAUCAGCUGCGAGGAUCCUUUUGAUGAGAAAGAGAACACGCAAUUUGACGAAUCUGCAAAUUCUUUUGUUGGAGGAAAGAUCGGCGAGAUAUAGAAUAUUAAUGUUUGUAAAAUGAAGACUUUUGUUCCUUAAAUAUUUAUUAAAAAAACUAUUUGAAACAAGCUUUGUAUAUUUAUGGAUAAAUUGUAAAUUAAUGAUAUUUUACGAUAAUAAAAGCU